AGACGAAGAAAACAAAAAUAAGAAAAAUUCGAUUGAACUUUCAUUAAUUAAAAUGAGUAACUUACAGAAGAAUUUAUUGAAAUCUAAACUACCACCGAUGAUUCCAAGGCCAGCAAAGAACCAUCCAGGACGUCAGAAGGACUAUACUCCUACAAUUUGGAACGAUUAUUUUCAUGAUUAUGUUGAUGUAGCUGUUGAUUGCGGCAGUUUUAGAGUGUAUAGGAGUAAGCCCGCAGAAAUUGAGGAAUCACCAGUUUUAGUGCUUCUACAUGGCGGUGGAUUUAGUGCUCUUUCAUGGGCUGUAUUUUCAACAGAAAUCACAUCAUUAAUUCACAUCCAAUGUCUGGCAAUUGAUUUUCGUGGUCAUGGAGAUACAAAAACUGAUGAUGACGAUGAUUUGUCAGCUCCAACAAUGGCUAAUGAUAUUGCUGCAGUUAUCAAUAAAUUGUACGAAGAUAAAGCACCAAAAAAUAUACUGAUUAUGGGACAUAGUAUGGGUGGAGCAAUAGCUGUACAUAUUGCAGAUUUGAACCUUUUACCUUAUCUUGUUGGAAUCAUCGUCAUAGACGUCGUAGAAGGAACUGCGCUUGAAAGUCUUCAAAGUAUGCAAAGCUUUUUACGCUCACGACCAACUAAUUUUAAAAGUAUCCAGAAUGCAAUUGAAUGGUGUGUAAGAAGUGGACAAAUUAGGAAUAUUGAGUCAGCAAAAGUAUCAAUGCCUGGUCAAAUCAUUAACAAUGAGACAAAUACAUUAGCUGCAUCAGAACUGCCACUUUCAGAAGACUUUGAUACAACACCAACAAGUUUAAAUCCACUGUCGAUUCCUGAAAAUGAGGAUGAAGAGGAGGAAGGACCUAAAUUUCAAGUACCACUUCCUUCAGUCAAUCCUAAAAAAUAUUCAUGGAGAAUUGACUUGUCACGUACUGAGAAAUAUUGGAAAGGAUGGUUUGAAGAUCUCAGCAAUAAGUUCCUUAAUACUCAAAUUCCUAAAUUGCUCAUUCUUGCUGGAAUUGAUAAUCUUGAUAAAACCUUACAAAUAGGACAAAUGCAAGGAAGAUUUCAGCUUCAAGUUUUAGCCAGAACUGGACACGCAGUUCACGAAGAUCAGCCUCAUCAUGUCGCCGAAACUCUUGGUUCGUACCUUACUCGUAAUAAAUUUGCUGAGGCUAAAUCUGAGUUUUCUCCAGUUAUGCCUCAAUGUUAAACACAUUUGAAACAUAUUUUAUUAUGAUAUUAG